UGAAGGCAACAACAUCAACGUCUCAGAGCUUCUGUCGUCAAACGGGUGUGUGGAUGAACUGCGCAUGUGCGUGACCGAACUCUCUCGGAAGCAAAGUCGGAUCUAACCAAGAGGUGCACAUCAAAAACCGAAAAUAAAAGAGUCAUGUCGGGAUUUCUGGACGGAAUCCGGUGCGGAGACUGUGAGUGUAAUGUGGACUGGGGAGAGAGAAGAAACACCAUCGCUUCUAUAGCUGCUGGAGUCCUGUUCUUCACUGGUUGGUGGAUCAUCAUCGAUGCAGCAGUGAAAUAUCCUGAAGAGGGAGACUUUCAUCAUGCCUAUCACACAUGUGGAGUCAUAGCUACAGUGGCCUUUCUCAUGAUAAACGCAGUUUCAAACGGACAGGUGAGAGGAGACAGCUACAGUGAAGGCUGCAUGGGACAGACAGGCGCUCGAGUGUGGCUCUUCAUUGGCUUCAUGCUGGCUUUUGGCUCACUCAUUGCCUCCAUGUGGAUCCUGUUUGGAGGAUUCGUAGUGCCGCAAAAGCAUGUUGUCUACCCUGGUAUUGCCAUUUUCUUCCAAAACGCAUUCAUUUUCUUUGGGGGUUUGGUCUUUAAGUUUGGACGUACAGAGGAUCUCUGGCAGUAAUGGACUCUGUGUGUUCCUGUCCACGGUUCCACACUCUGCUUUCUAUAUUGUAUGAGAAUAUGCUUCAGUGGUUAUAUUCUUUAUAUAUAAACUUUUUUUAGCUUUCAAGUUAACAUGUUUAAUUUAUAUAGUUUGCUGUACAAAAGCUAAAUCAUAACUAAGCACAAAUUUUCAUAGAUUCCUCGAAAGUUUGACUAUUUUCAGAUUUGGCACAUCUUGAACUGUGUCUAUUUGCACUCAGAUUGUGUAGCCAUGUUGUUCAAAUGGUUUACAACUUGUGUAUAACAAAGUGUGUAUUUUGGGAGUUUUGCUACCCUGAACUGUCCACAUUUCCUUUAGGUAGACUUCUAUGACAUCCUUCAGUUUGAACUGUCUGUUAAGUGAAAACUCCAUAAAUUAUUGUGGUGCAAAAUAGAAUUGACAGCGAUGUUUCAUAAUGGUGUAUACAUACAUGUCUAAUGAAUGUAACCAUAUGGGUGGUUUGUAUUUUUCCUGAAAUAGCACUAUAUCAGCUCUGAAACUACACAGUAAUUCAGAUUUAUUGUUGAAUUUGUCACACUGCUGACCCGGAGCCAACAAUGAUUUCACAACUGUAGGGCGUUGUUGCCAUACUGGAGAUUUGUAUUUAAGCGGGACACCUAUUCAUUUUGCUUGUGUAACACCCAAACCAUCAGGCCGGUUUCAGACAGCCAUGGCAACAUUAAACAUACUGAGCAGUAAAUGAGUGUGACAUCCUUCUUUCUACAGUUUAUCUUUUAUUCUUAUCAUUGACACCAAAAACAUCUGAUAACUACUUCUCAUAAAAGUAAGAAUAAUUGUAUGAUUAUAUACAGUGACAUGAAUAAAUGCCAAAAUGCUUCAAUGA